AUCAUAAUAUAGUGCUAGAGUUAAUUUGUCCUAUUAGAAAUACAAUUUCAAAUGCAAUGAAAAUAAACGAGAAAAACAUGGUAGCUUUUGCAACUUCGGCAACACCAGUGGAUCGUGAAGGCUGGUUAUACAAACGUGGUGAAUUGAAUCGUGGUUAUCAAAAAAGAUGGUUUGUUCUCAAAGGAAAUAUAUUAUUUUAUUUCGAUCGACGCGGUGACAAAGAACCAGUUGGUAUGAUAGUUCUUGAAGGUUGUACUAUUGAAUUGGCAGAAGAUGAGGAACAAUUUGGUUUUCAAAUUGUAUUUCAUGGUCCAAAUAAUAGAAAUUAUGCUCUUGCAGCAGAAUCUCAAGAAUCUAUGGAGCAAUGGAUGAAAGCUUUAGCAUGUGCAAGCUAUGAUUAUAUGAAGUUAAUGGUAGCAGAUUUACAAAGACAAUUGGAUGCUGCAGAAGAAGAAACAACAAUGGUGGUAGCUCCUUCACAAUCUCCUAAAGCUCCACCAAGGCAACGACAUAAUCCUUUUAAUAGAUCAGAAUUUCAUCAUCGUUCACAGAGUGUUAGAUCUGCUCCUGGAAGAACAGAAAAUGUUCCAAGAACAAGGAUAACAUUCCGUGAAUUGCAUAAUAUGUAUGGUAGAAGAAUUUUAGCUGAUUUAAAUGAAUGGAGACACACAAGGAAAGCUGCUGAAGCUCCCUUGAUCAGUUUUUAAU